GCUACUAGGUAGUACUGUGUGAUGAACGGCGUGAACGGGUGAUGGGCACGCCUAGGUAGUAGGGGGGUGGAAACUAAUCGACUAGCAAACUCUCGGGGAAAUGCAUUGGCACAACGGCUUUUGGACCGAGGAACAGGGGGAAAAGUCAUGGGAUUUACGACGGGGUGGUGGACAGACCGGCUUCCGCGUCCCGUCCAAUCUGACACGCCUGACCCGAACGCCCGUUUUCAUCAACGGCCGUCUUUUCCCCAGACGUUAUCCAAACACGUCGUCGUCGUCGGAUGAGGAUGUUUUCCACUCGUCGACGUAUUCUCUUAUUACACCCUGCGACGCGACACUCAUGCGUGUUUCGAACCACCUAGGAAACAAACCUCCCACCCGCGUUGAAUCCGCAGCUUCGGAGGGAGCGUCAAAAGCGUUGAGCACGCCCACGCCAGAAGACCUUCUGCGGCGUGGUUUAGCUUUCUCUUGUGUGUGUCCAUCGCCUGUCUGCUGCAGACUCCGACUCAUCGAUGUCUCUGUGUGGGAGACAGGUAGGCAGGCAGGCAGGCGGAUGUCCUUCGUGGUUGUGACUUGUGUGCAUAUUGCAAUGUAACACUGCGGCGCGUCUCUAUGUCACCGAGUGUGUUGUUCUGCGCCGGACGAGACAACUCAUUUUCCGCGUAUUCAACCUGUCUCCGCACAAAACCGGGGAUGAGGCGGAAGGAAACGAAUCGCCAUAGACUGCAGGAACUCGUCUUCCAGCCUCUUCCAGCCUAUUCCCAUUUCUAGUCAUUGCCCUGUAGCGAUCUUUUGUGAUCAACGCUUCUAAGAUCGACGAACGUGU